GCAUCGCACAUCACGGGCGUCCUGUACUGUCCCUCAAUCUGACAGCAGACAAACCAAACCAAUGUGAAACUCAUCAGGCAUUUCUCUAAAGCAGACCCGCCCACCUCUCUGCCUCUCUGCCUCUCUCUCUGUCUGUGUGCGCUGGUUACAUGGGAUUGGAUUGACUACGACAGAUGCCAAUGUGUUCAACAUCGUCGUGAAGUUUGGACAAAAACCGAAGCCAUGCCGCUGGCUCGCAGCCUCUCUGUCACGUCCCUGUCAGGACUGGAGGAGUGGGACGAGGAGUUUGAUUUGGAAGACGCUGUUCUUUUUGAAAUCGCGUGGGAGGUCGCUAACAAAGUUGGAGGCAUCUACACCGUCCUCCAGACCAAAGCCCGUCUGACCGCGGAGGAAUGGGGGGAGAACUAUUUCCUUGUGGGUCCCUACGUGGAGAGCAACGUGCGCACUCAGGUGGAGCUGAUCGAGCCCACCAACCCUGUGCUGAAGAGAACCAUUGACAAGAUGAACGCCAGUGGGUGUAAGGUCUACUUUGGGCGGUGGCUCAUUGAGGGCAGCCCCUACGUUGUUCUGAUUGAUGUCGCGUUCACCGCCUGGUCUCUGGACAGCUGGAAGAGCGAGUUGUGGGAGCUUUGUGACAUCGGCGUGCCGUGGUUCGACCGCGAGGCCAACGACGCCGUGCUGUUUGGCUUCCUGACGGCCUGGCUUCUGGGAGAGUACGUUGCCCAGAGUGAGGAGCCUCCACACAUCGUGGCUCAUUUCCAUGAGUGGUUGGCCGGCCUGGGCUUGGUGUUGUGUAGACAUAGACAGCUGGCCAUCGCAACCAUCUUCACCACUCACGCAACACUGCUGGGACGAUACCUGUGUGCUGGAAAUGUAGAUUUCUAUAACAAACUGGCAGACUUUAACGUGGAUAAGGAAGCAGGCGACAGACAGAUCUACCACCGCUACUGUUUGGAGCGGGCGGCUGCUCACUGCGCCCAUGUCUUCACCACCGUGUCACAGAUCACAGCCAUUGAGGCAGAGUACCUGCUCAAGAGGAAACCAGACAUUAUCACUCCCAAUGGGCUCAACGUGAAGAAGUUCUCAGCCGUGCACGAGUUUCAAAACCUCCACGCUCAGAGCAAGAAUCGGAUUCAGGAGUUCGUCAGGGGACACUUCUACGGGCACCUUGACUUCAACCUGGACAAGUGUUUGUUCCUUUUCAUUGCCGGAAGGUACGAGUUCUCCAAUAAAGGAGCCGACAUCUUCUUGGAAGCUUUGGCCAGACUCAACUAUCUACUGAGGGUCAAUCACAGUGACGUGACCGUCGUUGCGUUCUUCAUCAUGCCAGCUCGGACAAACAACUUCAAUGUGGAGACCUUGAAGGGCCAAGCAGUCAGGAAACAGCUCUGGGAUACUGCUCAGACUGUGAAGGAACGUUUCGGAAAGAAACUUUAUGAGUCACUCCUAGUUGGGCAGCUGCCAGAUGUGUCAAAGAUGCUGGACAAAGAGGAUUUCACCAUAAUGAAGCGUGCCAUCUUCGCCACCCAGAGAACAUGCCAGCCUCCAAUCUGCACCCACAACAUGCUGGAGGACAGUGGCGACCCCAUCCUUACCUGUGUCCGCCGUAUCGGCCUUUUCAACAGCGCCGCUGACCGUGUCAAGAUCAUCUUCCAUCCAGAGUUCCUUUCAUCCACCUCUCCUCUACUUCCGAUGGAUUACGAGGAGUUUGUAAGAGGCUGCCAUCUUGGCGUCUUCCCCUCUUACUACGAGCCUUGGGGCUACACACCAGCUGAGUGCACAGUCAUGGGAAUCCCAUCAAUCUCAACUAACCUGUCAGGCUUUGGCUGUUUCAUGGAGGAACACAUAGCGGACCCCUCAGCAUACGGUAUUUACAUCCUGGACCGGCGGUACCGGGGGAUCGACGAGUCGUGUAACCAGCUCACGUCCUUCCUGUUUCAGUUUUGCAAGCAGAGCCGGCGCCAGCGGAUCAUCCAGAGGAACCGGACUGAGCGUCUGAGCGAGCUCUUGGACUGGAGAUACCUCGGCAGGUAUUAUAUAUCUGCCCGUCAUAUGGCCCUGGCUAAAGCCUACCCUGACACCUACAUGUAUGAACUUCAAGAGCCCACCUCAACCACGGGUUUCCGUUACCCCCGACCAGCCUCUGUGCCACCGUCUCCAGCUCUGUCCCGCCACUCCUCCCCCCACCACAGCGAGGCAGAGGACAACGAUGAAGACGAACGCUACGACGAAGAUCUGGAGGCAGAAAAGGACCGGGUGAACAUCCGCCAGCCAUUCAAAAACAAGACUUCUGCUGUCCUGGGGCCCAAUGGAAAUGGCGAUGGUGUCACAAGCGAGAAAAACUGAGAUAUACACACAUGCUAAACCUCACUGGUGAAACUUUAUCUGAGGCGAUCGCUAAAGUCAUCCAUCUACUAUACAAAUGAGUGCAGUUGUGUGAAUGCGAGUGAUAGAUUUAAUAUCGGCUUGUUGUGAAAAAUUGCAUCAGUGUCUUCCCAACCUGUUCGUACCUCAGAGUUUCUAGAAAAUAUCUGUCCGUUUGAUAUGUUUUGUUGUUGUUUCAGUUACACCAGCAGUGCAACCAGUGGUUUGCUUUGUGGGGUAAGUGCAGCAGCUAGAAAGGGCUAAACGACAGCUCAGCAUGGAAAACAAAUCAGGAUUGCUGGAUUUUGUAGUGUACUAACACUGGAUAACAUACUGUAGGUGUAAAGCAUUGAAAAAACAAUAGAGGAUUAUUUUGAGUCGCUGGUUUUUAUACUUGAUUCAAGAGCAGGGAAAAGAACAUAACCCUCCUUUUUAACACAGAUUGUCCUCUUUACACAAUCAAAGUUAUUUUCCUGGUAAAGGCUCAUGUAAAGACUGUCAGUUGCUGCGAGUACCCACAAAGAGCACCUGUUUAUUUGUACUUGUGUUUGGCUUAAAAGUGUGAUGAUGAUGUUACAGUGCUUCUAAAUCAACUAUCCAUCACGUAGCAUCUUUUUCUUUCAAAUGCCUUGUUUACUAUAAAACUUCCCACAAUGGAAAUAAAAUGUAGAACACACACAUGCAUACACAACAACAGCAUAUAGCAUCAGAAAACAAAAAAAAGCUGUCUCAUUUUGAGAACAGUGUGUGUGUUUUCAUUUUCUUUCUGCGCCUUACUGUAUCACAGCCUUUCAGUGACGAUCACCGAUGAACAACCUCACCUUGUCUGUGUGUUUGCUGGUGUGGAUUAUUCCUGGGUUUACCUGUUUCGACAAGUAUUUAUAUGUGAAGGGAAUAGAGGUGAGAUGGACAGAGAGAAAAAGGGAUUGAGAUGGUAAAUAUAUUUUCAGGUAAAGGACAUAAGAGAGAGGAAUGGGAAAGAGCUAGAUGUGACUGUCUGUUAUUGAAAAGGGGAAAUGAUUCUACCAGGCGUAACCUCACACUCCCUGUAAGAGUUUUAUCAUUCUUUACUAUCUUGCACCAGAUCAACUAAUAAUAAAGUUUAAAUAUUAGUGUUUUA